ACGCACACACGCUUGAACACCACUUCAACUGAGCUGCAUCUCGUCAUUAGUCCGGUAAAACGUAUCGAUUCAAGUGCACAUAUUUAGGUGAAAAGCAUAAAAACCUUCAGCUUGCUGCAGGAUAACCGUACGAGCCGCUCACAGAGGAACCCGUGUGCCGGUUCUAGUGUGUUCUUAAUCGCUCCUGUCCAUCAUCGCUCCAACCGUUCCACGGUACCCCCGAGGCCGCUUAUCACUUGUUCCGUAGGGUGAUUAAUCAUAAAAGCUUUGGACAUCCGGCCAACGGGGCUCAUUCGACGUUUACGUCUUCGCGGUUGAGGAAGGACGGUCCUAUUCUCGAACGAAAGUUCUUGUGGCACGACGGUAAAAAGUCCCGCGAAAAAAUCGAAAACCUCCUAUAAGUGCGCAUACGAAGAGGGUGCCAGUGAAAAAUCAAGCAAGCAUGGAAAAUCGAAACGAAAACGGACACGGAAACUCCGGGAAAGAAAUCCGCGUUUGGUGCGAUGGAUGUUACGAUAUGGUGCACUUUGGACAUGCGAAUUCUCUACGUCAGGCGAAGGCACUCGGUCACAAGCUAGUUGUAGGCAUCCACAACGAUGAGGACAUAACAAGGAACAAGGGACCGCCGGUGUUUACGCAGGAAGAGAGAUACAAAAUGGUGCGUGGUAUUAAAUGGGUAGAUGAAGUGGUCGAAGAUGCACCGUAUGUGACGACGCUGGAAACGCUCGAUAAAUAUGACUGUGACUUCUGUGUGCAUGGAGAUGAUAUCACGUUAACAGCAGACGGUAUCGAUACGUACCAUCUGGUAAAAAAAGCAUUGCGAUACAAGGAAGUAUCGAGGACGGCUGGCGUUUCGACAACGGAUCUGGUCGGACGAAUGUUACUUCUCACUAAAAACCAUUUUAAGCAAGGUGAUAAGGAAUAUGAGGUUGAGAAAGAUGACGCAUUUGAAGCACUGCUGAAGCGGUAUAACGUUGAAAAAUUCCAAAUCUCAGGCUCGUCACAGCUCGGCCAGGACCAUACGGCCCGCAGCCCAUGGACAGGAUGCUCGCAGUUUCUGCCGACGACACAAAAAAUUAUCCAGUUCAGCGACGGUAAAGCGCCGAAGGCAACGGACAGGAUCGUGUACGUUGCCGGUGCAUUCGAUUUGUUCCACGUCGGUCAUCUAGAUUUCCUGGAGAAGGCGAAGGAGCUUGGUGAUUACCUUAUCGUCGGUCUGCAUACUGAUCCGGUGGUGAACCAGUACAAGGGCGGUAACUAUCCGAUCAUGAAUCUUCACGAGCGCGUACUCAGCGUGUUGGCCUGCAAGUACGUAAACGAAGUGGUGAUCGGUGCACCGUACUCCGUGACGACGGACCUGAUGGAACACUUCAACGUUAGUGUGGUGUGCCACGGUCAAACGCACAUAGCCCUUGACGUGGGUUACAUUGACCCGUACGCAAUACCGAAGCAGAUGGGAAAGUUCAUGCUGAUCGAUUCGGGAAACACCAUUACAACGGAAGAUAUUGUCGAACGGAUCAUCCGCCAUCGAUUGGAAUUCGAGCAGCGUAACAAGAAAAAGGAAAAAAAAGAAAUUGAAGUGUACGAGGCGAUGCAAAAGGUGAAACUUGCGCAAAAGUCCGGUUGACCCAUCGUUGACGAUGCUCAAUAGGGUGCAGCAGAUAGUUCAAAUUGAAAGUCUCCGUAUAUGUGUUAUUCUUAUUGGACGGACGAGAGAGACGUGUGCGGCGGAGGGCGUUAACACAAAUUUUAGCCAGCGCAUGACUCGAUCUGCCCGGAUGUUCCGCCGCAGGUGUCUUUGUCGUCAUGUUGCGUUUAUUUUAUUCGCCACCGUUGGAGGCAUCAUUCCUGUUUAUUUGUCUGUUAUAAUUUAUAACGUGAAGGCGAUUGUGCGUAAGGAGGCUGACAUGAGGUGACAAAUGCUGUUCACACGGUUAACAAAAAAUAGUUUAGCAAUUUAGCGCAGUUGUAUGUACCAAAAUUGCAUGUCAGUUUGAUUUCAGUCAGUUCAGUUUUUAUAGCCUUAAGUAAAGCGCUGGUUUAUUAAUUUAUCAUUUUAACGACAGUAAAGCAAACAAAUCACAUUUAUAGUAGAAGAAGAUUGUUGCCAUCGGAAGGUUUCGUUUUGUGAAGCUCCACAUGGCAAGUGCGGAAACUUUGAGCGGUAAAAAGGGUGACAUAAAAGCAAUAGAAUCUCAGUUUUUUCGUCACACCAUGAAACUACAUGGAUUGUUGUGGUUUGUUGAUCAAAGGGUGGUGUAAAAAAUGGAAAGACUUGAGUGUUUUUUUAAUUUGUUUUAUAUUUGUAACACGCUAAAACCGCCGGUUCGUUGAUCUAUGUUUGUAUGGUUGGAUUUCAAUGAUCAGAACUCUCCGGUCAGUGCGUCAAUUUGAAAUAGUGUUGUGUGUUUUGAAUGGAUGAUUAAAUUAUUAGUUAAUACAUGAUGUCUCGUGCACGCAACACAACAAAACAAGGCACAUUGCAGUAAAAGUUAAUCCAAAAUCCUUCUCCCUCUUCCCAAAUUCCCUUUGCCCCACCCAACAGCCUAAGGUUUAGGGAGCGACUGUACGCUAUAACUACUAUUUAAUGCAAAUACUUAUCAAUGAACGUCUUAUAAUCCAAAUCAGUCAGUUCUAGCUGUGAAAGAUUUGUUUUGCAACUGCUUCAUCACGGAUACGUUAGGUUGUAAUAUGCAAUUAGUGGUACGAACCAGAGGAAUACGAGAAAUCAUGGAACAAAAGUUCAGGAGCUCGCUUUAAAUCAAUCAAAAAACAAUGAACGAUUAUGUAUAUAUUACAAAGACGCACUAAACAAGAUUGCCAAAGCGUAAUUGGUUUCGCGAUAUCGUAGACAGUGGCGGAUCAAGCCCCUUGGAGGCCCUAGGCGGAAUAGGAAUUGGCGGACCCCUAUCAAUACCUCUAGUAAAAAUCUUACUUCCUAUAUUUCUGAUUGAAUGUGGUUUACUUACCUGAGUAAACGAUAGUUUGAUUGCUGAUUGGCACCCAAAAAAAACCAACACUUGCAUUUUUUUCUGUGCCCAAAGGCACAUACGCACUUCAGUGCGCUUUGACACAUUUAAAACACUUCACUUGCCUAUAAUGGCCACAUUUUUUAAAACACAAUUUCACCCAAUAAGCAAUAAGCUUAUUGAUAACACAACUUCACUUUCUUUUCACCAAAAAAUAACCAACACUUGCAUUUUUUUUCUGUGCACAAAGGCACAUACGCAAUUGAGUGCGCAUUUUCACUCUUCACUCUUAAAAUUCUUCACUUAAUUACAAGGACUACAUAUUUUUUAAAAACCCUUUUUCACACAAUAAGCAAAUAAGCUUAUUGAAAUCACUUUUUUUCACAAAAAAAAACACUUACCUUUUUUUGCACAAAGGAUGGCGGCCGCUUUACACAACAUGUGCUGAAAGUUUUUUUUAAUCGGUUCCAAAUAUAGCCGAAGCUAGCACGGAGUUUGGAAAAAAACAACCACCACACGUUUAUCCCAUGGCGACGAGAAACUCGUCGGCAAAAUACACUGCACAACACAAAUGUAAAUAAUUUGCAAGUUUAGUACACGCAUGGUACAUGCACUCAUUUCACGUACGUUUCGUUACUCUCACACACAAUGACACGUUAGCGUAAGAAUGAACAAAGCUUCGCUUACCGCUUACCAACUCGAUACCAUUAGAGUUGAUGACCUAUGAAAUGUCAAACGAGUGAAUAAGGAGGCAAACACACUACCUCAACGCACCUGCACAUAGCGUCAUUCACUUUGCUUCGUUUUUUCAAUCUUUGUGUAAUCUUUUCUUUACAAAAGAAAAGAAAGAUAAACUUAAAAUGCAAUUAGCGAAUAAAAUUUUGCAUUUGCUUUUGGAAGCCAAUGCUAUUUGCGAUAAUUGGUCCACUACACUUUUAAACAAUUGCAUUCUUCUUUCACUUACGCAUACUAACACGUAUCACGAGAGCAUACGCUGACACAAGCCAAGCCGACGCCGGCAAUAAUUUUAACACGUGCCAAACAAAACUUCACUCUUUCACAGCAUAUCAACACACGAAUUGAUAUACUAAUCAUUCUUUUGCAUGGAAAAUGAUCCUCCAGUAAAGGAUAUCACUUUUUGCGCACCAAAAAACAACUUUUGUUAACUGUUCCGCGUACCGAGAGCGUUUUUUUUUUCACAACUUAAACGCAUUGAUGUCCGAUCGCUACUGAUCAGAAAUUCUCUUUAUCUCGAUGAUCGUGUCUCAUCUGCUUCGUUAUCACGCCACACCUACACAACUAUAGGUGGCGAAGCGGUCGCCCAAUCAUAUCUUUCGCACACACUUUUCUCGUGCUUGAGAGAAGCCUUUACAGAGGCUCGUAAAAAAAGCAAUCAAAGCAUCAAAUUCGUUCUUACAUUUUUGGCAUGGAAAGCGAAGGCAUAUGAACACUUUUUAAUUACGUAAAACAAUUUUGUUAUGAUUGAUAGGAAAACGUUUUAAAGGGGCAUUUAGUUUGAGAAGAAAAGUUUUCUUCUCCUAACAACAUUCAUUCACAUUUUCGUUCCGCCUAUUCCGUUAACCUAACCUAACUUUAGAUCCGCCACUGAUCUUAGGAUAUAAGCGAAACCGAUUACGUCAAGCAUAGGGAAAAUUUUCAAAGAUGCAGCGUUAAUUUUUUGUGCGCAAGCCUAUAGGUUCGAUGUUAAGCAACAAAUGUGCAGUGAAAAAGAAAAUUUGUAAUUUCCAUACUUUUUAACACACUCCAAGAAAGCAAACCAAAUAAUAUAUCUUCACAUUUGAAACAAA